ACGUGACGACGUCGCACGGAAUGCUGGGAAACAAACAGUGGCAUGAAUAACGCUUGGCGUAAACACCCCUUACCUGUGUGUGCGAGAGCGAGAGCUCGCGGCGCACGAGUAAACAACCCGUCGGACAAACGCGGCGACCGUCUUUCACAACCGUGGUCCCCUGGCGGAGCAAUGUUACAUGAGCGGCAGGACUUUGGACCCGAGCCUGGAUGGGAGUGCUGCGGGGAUCGGGAAAGUUGAGCGUGUGUGUGAUUUAUCCGUCAGACGCGACGACAGGAGCGGUCUGAGGGGGGUUUAUUCCUCUGAUGUUGGGAAGGAGAGCAUGGCGUUCAUAAGCGAACGGCAGCUGACACGGUUGCAUCUCAAGUCCUUGAAGUGGUGCGACUCCACAGCAGUGUUUCCGAGAUAAAUCACUAGGUUAUAAAUCACCGGACUGCUAGUCUUCGCUUUCCAGGGAAAUCGUUGCUGAUCGCUUGGCCAGAGGAGCCCAACGUGUAAAUUCAAGGGUCAACAUUUUGGACCGGACGUCCAGUCGAUCAAUCCAGUGCAGACGGGAUGAAUAUGUGGAGCUCGGACUCAGUGCAGGGUGUGCUGAAAGCCCUGAAGCACGCCGCGGGGAAAGGACAGCUCCAGCUGAGCCGCUGGCUGCAGCGCACCCCGGACCCCCUGGACUGCGACAAGAUCGACAUCUUGAUCUGUAACGUCUUUGACGAGCGAGGGAACGGCGGGAAACCGGAGGCGGACCCCGCGGGUCACACCGAGCCCGGCGCGUCCUUCACUCCCGAGUUCAGGCAUCCGUGCUGCAUCACCACCUGUUGCUUCAAAAGCGCCCUGCUGGCGUGCGUCCUGACGGCCGUGUGCUUCUCCUCGGUGGCCCUGGUGCGCCAGUACCUGAAGGACGUGUUGCUGUGGGUGGAGAGUUUGGACAGUUUUGUGGGAGCCAUGCUGUUCAUAGUGGGCUUGAUCACGGUGUCGUUCCCCUGCGGCUGGGGGUACAUCGUGCUGAACGUGGCCGCGGGGUAUUUGUAUGGGUUUGUGUUGGGCAUGGGGCUGGUGAUGGUUGGGGUUUUGAUCGGGACUUUCAUCGCUCAUGUGGUGUGUAAGCGACUGCUGACGAACUGGGUUCUGGGUCAGGUCGGCAGCAGUGAACAGCUGAGUGCUGUUAUUCGGGUGGUGGAGGGGGGAAGUGGACUCAAAAUCGUGGCCUUAGCGAGACUCACGCCGAUUCCUUUCGGCCUCCAGAACGCGGUCUUCUCGAUCACAGACGUCUCCUUGCCAAAUUAUUUAGUGGCUUCCUCAGUGGGACUUCUCCCAACACAACUCCUUAACUCAUAUCUGGGCACCACCCUGCGCACAAUGGAGGACGUGAUCGCAGAACAGAGCGUCAGUGGAUACUUUGUGUUCGGUCUACAGAUACAUGAAUGCAGCUAAAAUUGGAGAAGCCGUCCUGAUCACUGCACAGGUUUUAAAACAAGGACGGCCUUUGGCAUUUGCAACAGUAGAGCUCACCAACAAGGCGAACGGAAAACUCAUUGCUCAGGGAAGACACACUGAACACCUCGGUAGCUGAUUAUGUGCAUGCCCUGUAAUUGACACGAAACCUGUAGUUCUUUGUUAUAUAAUAAACUCCUGCUUAAAAAGCUUUGCACUGUGUUAGGAUAUGUUCAGCAGUGUUUAUUUCAACAGAAUUAUUCAAACAAUGGGUACAACAAAAUAAAGACAAAGACCCACCUUAGACGUGAACUCAGAAUUUCAAAAGGGGGAAGAAAAGUAAUGAUUUUAUGCCAUAAGAACGGACAAAGAUGGCUUACAGAUACCAAGUCCCAAGCACUGCAAUAUUUAGUACUCUUACAACAGGGUGGUCUAUAAAAGAAAAACAAAUCCAUAAUGAUCCAUUUCAAGUUUCUCUACGAAAUUUCUCAUUAGGUACAUUAGCUUGAACAUCAGUCUCUCAUCACAAACCCACCACCAAUGAUCACAUCUGGUAUCAGUAGCUCGUAUGUAUAUAUAUAGUGCAUGAGUUGCUCAAUUGGUGACAAUUACCCUCCCAAGCAAAAAACAGCAUCAGAAUUCCUCCAACAGACAGUUUAUGUCAACCAUCUUAGAUAUACAUCACACACUGCACCUCUGUCCCCAUCAGGCACCACUCCUCCAGAAAUGAUAAAGCAAACAAGAUGUGUCAUAUUAUAGGCAAGGAAUGACACUCAAAUUAAAAUGUCCAGCAAAACCUAAGGCAGUAACUGAAUAAGAAGCAAUGCCUACACCAAAUGAGUUAACAAGUAUUGUUCACCUUGUAAUAGAAGUCUUUUGAGGAAGACUACCCAGGCUCUUUUGUCCUCUGUCACCGAUUGUCAUUACUCAUGAAAUCCCUACUCAAUAUAACAGACAUGUUAACAAUCCCUCAUAACAGUGAUGUUAAAGUCAGUCCAACACACGAGGACUACAUGUGAGAGACCUGUCAUUGGUUUCAUUUUUUUAGUUUUCUUUUGUUCCCUUAACGUAAAGAGUUCCUUCGGUGACUGGUAUUGUUGACGGUGCAGCUCCAAGAGAACAACCACUCAAAAUCAAUGUUCAUGCAGGUUUAAAUAAAAACUGAUCAAAGAGAGGGGAGAUGGGGUGAGCCAAACCAAGACUGGUUGAGGGAGGGAUUUAAAACAA